UUAAUUAAUAUUUUUUCUUUCGCUUUCUCAAACUUUUUCCCCGAGAAAAUUUUCUCUCUGUCACUGUCACUACGGAGAAAAUACAGACACAGCAUCACAAAAACCAAGAAAGAAACGGAGUCAAUUUAAAAAGGAAGAAGAGAAAUAGUAAAGAAAGAAGAAAACGGGGGAGAUAGGAUACAAGAAAACCCUUUGAAGACCCGCUCUCUAUCUAUCCACACCUAGGGUUUCUCUAGAAGGGCCGCUGAACGGUGAGAUCCGAUGGCGUAAUAGGGGAAGACCGGAAUGGACUCCGCCGUACUCGAUGAUAUAAUUAAGCGCCUCACGGAGGUCCGAUCAGCGAGGCCUGGGAAGCAGGUUCAGCUAUCUGAGGCUGAGAUCAAACAACUCUGUGUUGCGUCAAGAGAAACCUUUCUUGAACAGCCCAAUUUGCUCGAGCUAGAAGCCCCGAUCAAGAUUUGUGGUGACAUACAUGGGCAAUAUAGCGAUUUACUGAGGCUUUUUGAAUAUGGUGGUUUUCCUCCCAAUGCGAAUUAUCUUUUUUUGGGGGAUUAUGUGGAUCGUGGGAAGCAAAGUUUGGAAACAAUAUGCCUUCUGCUUGCCUAUAAGAUUAAGUACCCUGAGAACUUUUUCCUUCUAAGAGGAAACCAUGAAUGUGCUUCCAUUAACCGGAUUUAUGGAUUCUAUGAUGAAUGUAAAAGGAGGUUUAAUGUCAGACUGUGGAAAGCCUUUACUGACUGUUUUAACUGCCUUCCUGUGGCGGCUCUUAUCGAUGACAAAAUAUUGUGCAUGCAUGGUGGUCUCUCCCCUGAUCUGAAUAACUUGGAUCAGAUUAGGAAUUUGCCUCGUCCAACUGCUGUCCCUGAUACUGGUUUGCUAUGUGAUUUGCUUUGGUCAGAUCCUGGAAGGGAAGUUAAGGGAUGGGGAAUGAAUGACAGAGGGGUUUCAUACACCUUUGGCCCUGAUAAGGUUUUAGAAUUUCUUGCGAAACAUGACUUGGAUCUUGUUUGUCGUGCACAUCAGGUUGUAGAGGAUGGAUAUGAAUUCUUCGCCGACAGACAACUUGUUACCAUAUUUUCUGCUCCCAACUACUGUGGUGAAUUUGAUAAUGCUGGUGCUAUGAUGAGUGUAGAUGAGAACUUGAUGUGCUCUUUUCAGAUUCUAAAGCCUGCAGAAAAGAAAGCUAAGUUCUUGAUGACUAACAAAAUGUGAUAAUUGCUGCAUCAUUGUUCUAUGGUCUCAGCCAAGAUUCUUUUCGCACUGCCCAGGAACUUCAUGUCUUCAGACAUUCUUCAAAUUGGAAAAGAAGCAAGAUGAUGCUUGAUGCUAUAUUAGUCUUCAGCUUGUCAGAGCUAAAGCUUCAGGAGUUGGUCGCCUGAGCUAGCUGCUGUUUCUUCUUUUUCUUGUUUUAGCUUUUGUGCCUCAUAUUUCAGUACUUAAUUCACGUUGCAUUCUAGUAUCUGGAAUUGAUGUGUACAUAUGCCAGACAUGUUGAUUUUGUUAUGAUUUAAGGAUUGGAGUUUUUGAGA